AUGUCGGGUCCGAACGGGGAACCGCAGCUCCAUCUGGGGCGGGGCGGCCAGGAGGAGGAAGAGGAGGAGGAAGAGGAAGGCUUCGGGGAGGCAGAAUACGCUGCCAUCAACCUCAUGCUGGACCAGAUCAACUCCUGCCUGGAUCACUUGGAGGAGAAAAACGACCACCUCAACACUCAGCUGAAGGAGCUGCUGGAAUCGAACCGGCAAACCCGUCUGGAGUUCCAGCAGGAGCUCGGCCAGGAAGGGGACCCCGGGAAAGCCCAGCCGGAUUCUUAAGGGUCCCAAAAUCAAACUUGGGGCUUCAAAAGGCUGCAGGCUCUCUGGCUGACGAGUCACACGGCUGGCGGAUUCUCUCAAAUCCGGCUUUAAAAAAAAAUUAAAUCGGCCUCUCCUGGUUGAGUUGCAGAGAUCCAGACACUGUAAAUCUUGCUAGUGUUUCUAAAAAAGGAACUUUUAAUAAAGGAGUGUGUUUGUGGGAAUUGUC